AUGGGCGCGAGGUGGGUGGUAGGAGUGACGGUCCUCCUGGUCGUGGUCGGCGGCACAGUGUCGGCGGACGACUGCUUGUCGCCGCUGAUGAAGCUUUCGAGUUGCUUCCAAUUCGUGAUGCCCCUGAGCAAGGCGUCGAAGCCGGACGAAAACUGCUGCGCCGCCCUCAACUCGCUGCUGGAUUCGGACGCGGCGAGUGGCACCCGCGCGAUGACCAACUGCAUGUGCAACGCUUUCAACGGCCACGGCGAGUUCGCAGUCCAGAUCAACAAGACCCGGGCCCUCGCCCUCACCGACGCCUGUUAUGCUUCACACCCUGCUAACUGUACCCCAACAAUCACGCUCCCGAGCUCGACGACUGUGGCCCCAAGCUCAGCCGCCGGCGAUCACAGCUCCUCCGGGUGUGCUUCUUCGCUUGAGGCCUCUCUUAAGCUGCUCCUUUGUACCACAAUAUUUGCUGUAAUUUUCACGCAUCGACCGGGCCAGAUAAAUUAA